UUAAAACCAUCGACCGACUCCUGUAAACGGAAGAAUCUUCCAACAGAUGACCAUAAAAAUUUCGCUAAACAAUUCCGAAUUCCGGCUUCGUUUAAUUUUAGUGCAGAUUUCAAUGAUUUUCUUAAAUUACCUGUAAUAUGAUUCUAUGUAUACUUAGCUAAUAUUGAUACAAUUUUGUUAUUAAAUUUCGUAUGCAGUGACUUGAGCUGGGAAAUUCGAAAUUGUUCAUACGGCUUUGUGAAGUGGGCUUGGAAUAGCCGACCUCGAGGAUGCAGACUUAUCUGGAAUUUAGCUCUUCUCAACUGCAAGCAGAAAAUCAAAAUGAUAUUGAAAUUGCUGCUCAGAAUGCUGUGCUACAUGAGCAAGAAAUUGCCACUCAACAAAUUAUACAGAGUCAGAGAGAUGCAGGGUAUGGAAAUGGAACUUCGGAAGAGCAGAGAGACAUUCUCUCAGGACGUCAUGACCCAAAUGCUAUAAAGGAGCAUCUACUUAAAAUGACUAAUGAGCAUCGUACUCAAAUGGCUCUAAAGCGUGGAAAAUCUACCUUAGCUGAGGAAGGUAACUUGGAAAUUGGAAAUGGAUACGGUGUUCCGGGUGGAGGUGCUUAUCAUGUUACUUCAAAGGCCAAUAUCACUGCCACCGUCAAUAAUGUUGAUGAUCAUCAAACAAGCCAAAGAAAUACAGAGCAUGGUGCUGAAUCCAGGUUGAAGCCUGUGGGUAAGGAGUUGCCUGAAUACCUCAAGCAGAAAUUGAGAGCCAGAGGCAUAUUGAAAGAUGAUCCAAAAAUUAAUAAUCAAGCCCUACCUGAUAAUAGUACAGAAGCUGUGUCAUCUCAGAACAUGGCAAUUGGGAAGCUUCCUCCAGGAUGGAUUGAGGCAAGCGAUCCUGCAAGUGGCUCUUUAUAUUAUUAUAAUGAAAAUUCUGGGACAAGUCAGUGGGAAAGACCAACAGAUGCUGCACCCAUGUUUCCAGCAGCAUCACAUUCAGAACUUCCAGAAGAUUGGCAAGAGGCGGUGGAUGAAACGACUGGUCAAACUUAUUAUUACAACAGGAUGACCAAUGCAUCACAGUGGGAGCGCCCAGGAACAUCACCUAAAAUCUCCUCUCAUCCUCAGGGUGAUAAAUCAUCAAUAUCAAAUAAAUGCAUGGGAUGUGGUGGAUGGGGUGUAGGCCUCGUACAGACAUGGGGUUAUUGCAAUCAUUGCACUCGGGUUCUGAAUCUUCCUCAAAGCCAAUACUUGUCGACACAGCCGGAAACCAGGCAGCAUGGCUCCAAUGCUGUGAAAACUGGAGAAAUUUCAGACAAGGGAUUUUCCAAGCCAAGGUCUAACAUGAAACCACCAAUGGGAAGAGGACAUAAAAGAGAUACUAAAAAACGUUCAUAUUCUGAGGAUGAUGAGUUGGAUCCCAUGGAUCCAAGCUCGUAUUCUGAUGCUCCGCGUGGUGGUUGGGUUGUAGGCCUGAAAGGAGUACAACCACGGGCUGCAGACACCACUGCCACGGGUCCUCUCUUUCAGCAACGUCCUUACCCAUCUCCUGGAGCAGUCCUGCGGAAAAAUGCUGAAAUUGCUUCACAAAAGAAAAAGCCUAGUUCUAAUUUUGCUCCUAUAUCCAAGAGAGGUGAUGGAAGUGAUGGACUCGGUGAUGCUGACUGAACACGCUUGAGAAUAUCAUGUGUUCUGGACUUGGUUUGGAGCUUGCCUCUUAAUAUAGUGUUUCUUUAAUUUAGUAUGUAAAAGAGACCACUUUAGCUUUGAACAUUCGUGCCUACUUUCCUAUCUUUUCAAUGGAGGAGAGGGGUUAUUUGAAGUUCUAUGAAAUGUGAGGAUUAUGGAAAUUUUGCAGAGAAACUUUUGAGACUACGUUGGCAACAAUGCUAGGAUGACAGAGCAUUCUUGUGUAUUCCAACCCAAAGUUUAUGAGAAUAUGCUUCUGAGACAAUACUCAACAAGCACUAAAUUAGGUAUCUUAUUUAUACAAAAGUUACUCAGGAAACUCA